GUGAGUCGAGGAAAAAAUACUGCGAUAACUCGGAAUAUUAUAUCUUAGAUUGCAUAUUUUGUGAAAACCAUUUCUUUUGGAAAACGAAAACGUCAAGAAGAUACAGGUCUGAAGGUUGAAAUCUGAGCCUCUUCUCCUCCAAAAGGGUGAUAUUUUGGCAGGAAAGAGGUCAGUCAUGGCUGUUGUUUUGGAACAGGGAGGCCGAGUUCAGGAGUUCUUGCAUGGGCGUGAUUCUGCUGGUUUGAUCUUUCAUCAGUUGUUCGCACAUCCCGAAGACCAGGAAAAGAAAAAGCCAACACAAGCCAAGAAGAAUAAGAAGGAUGGAGGUGACAAGGCGAAAAAUACUGAAAAGACCAAGAAGGAGAUUAGUCCAGACUCUGUACGAUUCCAGCCACCCAACAUCGAGCUCCAGGGCAAUGCGUCUGCCUUCAGCAUCUACGCCACGGUACGGGAGUACGUCCUGGAGAGGGACAUGAUGGAGAGGGCGCUUAUCCUGAUACGAGCAAACUCUGCUGCUAGUAAGAGCGACGAGGCGGGACACGAAGAUGAAGACAUCGGCAAGAUGGAAGACGCUUUCCGGUUACCAAAGGUGGUUGGUAUUGGAUUACGGAGUGUGUUUGUUCUGAUCCGAGAUACCCACAGCUCUCAUCCGAUAUUGUGCGCUAGGGCACUUCAAGCUCUCUUGGAUAUGCUACAGGGACAGACACCCGAGGGGCUAGCCAAGGAGCCAGAUGAUAUGAUCGAUUCUUUGUUUGAGUUGCUGUUAGACCUGUCGAUCGACCACAGAUUGGAAAGCCAAGAGCCCCCAGGCACUCUGUCCAUCUCCUCCUUGAGCUGUGCCUGCCUACUCAGUCUCAUCAUUGCCAGCGGCAAUACAGGCAAGAUGCUCUCUGGGAUCGCUGCAAUCCUUAUGGGUACUGGCAGGCUCUCCCAACAAGCAUUCAAGGUCCCCUCCAUCCUGUCGGCUCUACAGCGAAGCGUGCUCGCUGUACUCCUUGGCAAAACCCACUUUCCUGAUUGGCUGACGUCGGGAAUCCCUAAUCAAUCGCAGCUCGACUCUUGGCAAGUCAAGGAAAUCGAGAUCGAUGCUUGCUGUGAUAAUAACAGUGCAAUAGCCAGCGAUGGUUCUUAUCUCUACAUACAUACUGGCACUGGCCUGUAUAAGAUUGGCUCUGGAUAUUCCAGUACGAUUAAGGGUCACAUCUAUGCGGUCAACAGAGAUUUUCAUCUUCAUGAGCGAGGUUGGCUUGGGGUAGCGAGGGGGCAGCUUCUUUACAAACCAACCACAUUUGAUCUCAGUGGGUCGUCAUCAUCAGUCAACACGGUGGUCACAGUCAACACAGAGACCCUGGUGGAGACUGGAUCAGUUGACAUUCCUGCCACCGGGAGCACCUCUGCAUCUCUACUCUUCAGCGACGGUGAAAACUUUGGAUGUGUAUCAGCGUUAAAUGAUGAUUCCUUUGUAGUUCAGAGUUUCAACCCUCAAAGUUCACCGAUGUCUAAGAUUGGAGAACUCCCAGUGAAACUUGCCAGAAAAUCAUUACUCGCUUACGGCCCUUCAAUGAAUGGCAAUGGAAAAGAGUCCAACACCGAGAAACAAGAAAUUGAAACUGGAGUAAGCGAUGAAUGCAUGUAUAUAGCAGCUGGUAAAGAAUUCACUCUCAUCCGGACUGUCUCUGGAAAGAUGCUGUUUGCAGGGAAAGCACAGAGUCUGGGCAUUAAACAGAGUGCUCAAACUACCACCAAGUGGUCGGAGCUCCCUAUCACGAAGUCGCCUAAGAUUGUGCAAUGCAGCGUUGGACACGAUGGAUACCAUGCUGCCUUACUUGGGGAUGAUGGAAGUGUUUACUUUGCAGGGACGGCCAGGAAAGGGGAAGAUGGUGACCAGGUGAAGGGUCGCCGUCAACUCAAACCCUCCAAACCCAAGAAGAUGUUGAAGAUGGAUGGGAAAUGUGCAGUAUACAUAGCGUGUAAUAACGGCAGUACAGCGGUAGUCACGAAGGAUGGAGAGUUGUAUGUGUUUGGCAAGGACACCCACAAUGCUGACAACAGCACAGGUUUGUUAACUGAUCUGAAGAAUGUGAGGGUAACAGGGGUUGCCCUCGGCAAGGCACACACCUGCAUCCUGACCAAUAACGGCAUCGUCUACACCAUGGGCAUCAACAACAAGGGGCAGUGUGGCAGGGGCCCCUCGCUUGGGCAGGGCACUGGGAAGGACGGUAAGAACGCAAACAUCUCUGGGAAGGAGGCUGUGAGUCCGGACGAUGUAUGCGGUAAUGGUGUACAGCCACAGGGCGGUGAAUCAGCGGUUGCGCAGUUCAUGGGGAGACUCGUCACAGAAGGUGAAGCAGUAGCAGACAUUCUUGCUCCUGGUGCUGAAGAUGAUGCAGAAGAAGAUGAGAGAGAUGAUGAGCAGUGUGAUCAUGAAUGGAAGGCGGAUCAGUGCAAGAUCUGUUCGUUGUGUGGACUGUGUACGGGAUACGGUGAUGCAUGCGUCAAUACCUACCAGCCAGGCAGGAAUCCCGGAAUGGUUUGUGGUUGUGGCUCUGGUGACUCGGGCUGUACCAAAUGUGGCUGCUGUAAAGUAUGCGCUGGUGAGUCGCAAGAGCACCGUCGUGGCCAAGGGGGCGCUCUUCAAGCUGCCAUACCCGGGGCAGUACCCGACGGGGGUAACUUCUUCGGGGCGCUAGUUCAGCACGGUAACAUCUUACAACACAAGCUGCUGGCACAGCUACGGUACGGGAUGAACAAGCAGCAAGACGGGAAGCAUCGACGACUAGGGUUUAUCAUGAAACAGGACAAAGGAAAAGAUGAGGGUAGCACCAGCGGUGAUGAUCGUGAGUUAGAGAGAGACAACAGCCAGCAUGUGAUGCAUCCAGCAGGGCCUAUUACACUCCCAUCAGCUGCAACCCAGGUAGCUUGUGGCUUGCACCAUUCAGUGGUACUAUUGAAGAAUGGUGAGGUGUAUGGCUUUGGUCUGGGUAACCAUGGUCAGCUGGGCCAGGGAGAUUCUGGAAGCAGGACCGCCCCAGUGCAGCUACAGGUACCUGAAGCUGUCACCCAGGUAGCUGCUGGUAGUAAUCACACUGUCCUGCUUGGUUCAUCAGGGAAUGUAUACACAUGUGGAAACUUCCAGAAGGGUCAGCUUUGCCGGGCCAUCCUGGAGGAGUCCAAUGCCCAAGGGGCAGUGUCCCACUCCAGGCCGGGUCCCGUGCCCGAUAUGGGUCCCCAGUAUGGGCGUAAGGCUACGUGGAUAGGAGCUAGUGGGGAUCAGACCUUCAUUAAGGUAGAUGAGGCAUUGAUCAACCCAAGGAUGUUGGAGAACUCACUGGUCUUUGCAAACCAGAGUGUCAUUGGUGUAGUCCCACGUAACGGCCUGACAGGUGUGAAGUGCCUAAUGCUGAGUAGAGUGGACGGCACGUGCAAUAGCUACAGCGAGCAAGAAUCAUCUUUCAACUUUGGCGACUCAAGUGUCUGUCUGGAUCCACUGUAUAAUGUACUGUGGUGCUUCCAGCCAUCCACUGGCACAAUCACCUGCCACAGUGUCAUCAAGCCCUGCGUGCGUCCGAUCCCCACCCUACCCUCCACCGCCUCAGUCCUGACCCCCGAGCUAGCCCUCCCUUCUACCCCAUCUAUACUGGUCUCUCGCUCUCACUGUGCCCUUCACAUGCUGGCAUGUCUGGAUACGUUGACAGCCUCACAGGAGGCCCAGUUGACUGUCACAGCGGCACAGACUGAAAAGCAGUGCAUCACCAAGGUGUAUACCAAGGAGGACUUCAAUGCUGUCAACAGAUUUGAAGGUUAUGGUGGAGGCUGGGGUUAUUCAGGUCAUUCUGUUGAAGCUCUUAGGUUCAGCGUAGACACGGAUGUUGUACUCGGUGGUCUGGGACUGUUUGGUGGACGAGGUGAAUACAACGCUAAGAUUAAGCUGUAUGAGCUAGGCACCAAGGCAUCAGAGUACGAGCCUGAUGGAGACCCACUAGCAGAGAGUGAUGAUAUCACCUUUGAGUGUGGAGCACGAGAAAAGUUCCCUGUACUAUUUGAUGAGCCAGUACCUCUGACUGCUGGAUGUUGGUAUGUAGCCUGGGCCAGGGUGAAUGGUCCAAGCAGUGACUGUGGCUCAGGGGGGCAGACAUCCAUCACCACAGACGACCAAGUGACGUUCCAGUUUAUGAGUUCCAAGAAGUCAAAUAAUGGUACAGACAUCAACGCUGGUCAGAUCCCACAGUUACUCUAUAGGCUACCUCAACUUGACGUUAGUUCAUCAGGAGGAGUGGCGUCCCAGACAGAACCUGUUCACAUUCUCACAUCAAGAUUCAGCAACACUGUUAACUCAGAAGUGUUUAAGUCACUCCUCCGUCUCCUGAACUGGAGCUGGAACAAGCUAGCCGAAGGCAUUCUCGUUGCCUUGAAGCAAGGAGGGAAGAAACUGGUAGACUUCACUCUGGAUCUAGAGAGACUCAUGUACAUCGCUACGGCUUGCCUACGGUUGCUACGGAGCUAUGUGUGCGAGGUCUACCCAAGCCCUUCAUCCAUCUCCAAGAAGCACUCCCAAGAUAGUUCCCAACUCCCUGAGUCCAUCGCCUCUUGCUGUGAUCUCCUGCGUGUCAUCCUGUCUAACUCCACGCAGCCAUCCAUCCAGCAUCUCAUGAAUAGGGUAGUAAUGGAGACUCAACGGUUCAGGGUGCUCUGGGAGAGCAUCUUGGCUGAGUGCCAUCGUACCUUUGUGGCCUGCUUUCAUGCCUUCUACCCGUCGUCCCAGCUCAAGUGGCUGUUCCUGUGCGACUUGCUCGGCUCAAUGAGCUCGUCGGAUCAACUGGAGCCCAAUGGUAACCUCUUAGCGGCCGUCUUAGAAGCCCUCUGCCACCCCUCCGUUCAUCUCUCCAGCGUUCUACCAAUCCUCAGGGAUAGAGACUGUGAGCCCAGCAUCGUCCUGACUAAGCAGUGCUCCAUGGAGGAUGCGUCACCGUCUGCUGCCACCGCCGGCACCGACGUGAGUCCAAACCCAGUGGCACUGGUAACCUUAAUGGAGGAACGAAUUCAGCUUGAUGGUGUCAGACAAAGUCCAAACUUUCAUGACAUUCUUGACAGGCUGUUGAAUGUACUCAUCAGUCCCGUACAGCAAGCUUUGGAAAAGAAGCAGCCAACCAGUUACCCUCUACUAGUCUCCAAUACCAGCCGUCUUCUUGCUUGUGUCAUUGCAGAACUUUCUGCCUCGGCCAUCUCCUCGGAUGGGGAGAGCCAGGCUACAGGGCGGCCUCUAUUCUGCACUCCAUCCCGCUACACCAGGGUGAGCCAGGGCAGGGGAUGGAGUACAGGGAACGGUACACCAGACGCUGUGUGCUUCAGUGUGGACAAACCAGGGAUACUCAUUGCAGGGUUCUGUGUGUAUGGAGGCGGGGGACACUACAACUACGAGUUGGAGCUGCUUGAUGGGAGUGAGACAGGAGCUGAUGGUCACAGCCAUCGUUGGAACUCUCUAGAGAUAGUUAAGGGAUCCUACGGUCCCAAUGAUCUCAUUAAUGAUGUUGCUGAAAUCAAGUUUGACAGACCUGUACCCAUUAAGGAGGGUGUGAAAUACGCAGUGAGGUUACGAAACCACGGUAACAGAACGGUGAACGGGGACGGUGGCACAACCCACGUCAAAUGCCACGACGGAGUUGUAUACACAUUCAGCACCUGCCCACUGAGUAGCAAUGGCACCAGUCAGACGAGGGGACAGGUCCCGCAAAUUCUCUACUUCAAUUCAACAGCAGACAGUGAACACACACAGACUGAGUCCAGGUCUGUAGUCAUUGAGAGACAGGCCCGUAAGAGUGCAUUAUCCAUCACUAGUACCAUCAUAAAGGCUGCUACUGAACUCCUAUAUCUAGCCCAGGGAUUACAAGAUGCAGAGUUGUCUGAAAUCUUAGGCUCAGCUCAUCUAUUCACCAGCUUAUUACCCCUAGUGUUGGCCCAUAUUGGGCCUGUUGCUAUUACAGAUCCUAAGAGUGCUGUUCAAAUCCUGGACCUUAUACAGGAGCUCCUCCCCCCGGUGGCAGAUGUCAAUCUCCAGUUCUCCCCGCCAAUCAUCACUGCCUCGGCAACUGCCAAUCAUUCCAUGGACAGUGCAGCCAGCCAAUCAGGAGAGAUGGGCGGAGUCACCACAUCACCUCAUUAUGCGGUGGUGGAGAGUGACCAUCCGUACAAGCCGGCUACUGUCGCCAACUACAGGGUUGCCUUUCCAGAGCAUGUCCAGUGGAUGUUACUAGAGUUUGACGCUCAGUGCGGCACAGCUCAACCUGAGGAUGGACUCCAGCUCUACAUCCCGGCCAGGGGGGUGCCCCGGCCCAAGAAGAAGGGAGAAGAGACGUCAGAUGAUUUACAACUCACUCAUUGGCCAGUACUCGGCCGUUUCCACGGCAGCAAUAAUUGGCCAACUUCAGCUCUUAUUUUGCCAGGUAAUGAAGUAACAUUUUCUUUGGAGACUGCCUCGGACUAUAUGAAAGAUGAGAAGGCUACAACGUUUGGCUUCAAGUGCGCUGUCGUCGGUUACGAAUGGUCUUCAGAUGAAGAGGGUCUUGUGCAACUAGAGAAGGAGCUAGCCUACCUUGGUGGGAUGUGUGCCGGGUCACUACUCAGGAAGGAUAUUGUCUUACCUCCGAUACUGGGAGAGGAUGGUGAGGAGGAAGUUGAACCCAUUGCAGAGGUUGCACAACAGGUAUUUGGGGCACACUCGGGACUUCUCGGCAAAGGUUUUGCGUUGUCGCAUCCACCUACCAUUCACCAGGCACUAGAGGGCAGUCUUCCACUGAGUACGCAGUCCAAUGAGAGGGCGUUCCUGAAAGACUUUGUGCAGUGUACGCACGGCACAAGUGGUGGACGACUGGCAAGAUGGAUGCAGCCCGAGUCCUACGUGGAUCCCAGACAGUGUGAUAUUGUAUUCCAGCGUGAUGACAUCCGAUGUAGUAUGCCUACCAUAGUAACCAUCAUGAGUAGAGAUCAGUACGGUAGCCUGGUUUGUGUCUCGAAUCUUAAGGUGGAAGUUGAAGCCGUACCACUCGGCAAGCGAGAGAAAACCUACCACGGGGCUAAACUCUUCAAAGCCACACCCCCUGGGGAGAAGGAUCUGACCUUUGGGGGUCACCCUCCUCCCAAGCUGGAGUCUCCGUAUGAAGCUACGAUACGCAAGGACAGCAUGGCGUAUAACUCCAUCACAAUGAUGAAAGAGUAUGAGUUGUAUUCAUUUGAAGAGUUACGAUACGCUUCACUGCCGGUCACAAGGCCUCAUGAGAGUAUGCUUGUACGAGAUAACAGUGAUGGAUGCUACAGUGCUAACUGGACACCAAGCUCAAUGGGCCUAUAUGCCAUACAUGUUACCAUUGAUGGGUACAUGCUAGAUGAGGUGCCCCAGAUUGAAGUUAGUGAACCUCCACAGGGAGUGCUACCGCCUAAUCCAACAGCCAAGAAACCAGCGCAACAAACCAGCAAGGUGCGCAAGUUUGUGAUGAAGCAGAGCAGAGGUCUUCGUAUCCGGAGCAGUCCAUCGCUCCAGAGCGAAGAGAUAGGAAUCGUAGAGGUCAACGGGGUCAUCACCUUCAUUGAUGAGGUUCACAAUGAGGAUGGUGUGUGGGUCCGUCUCAACCCAGAGACCAUUGAGAAGUAUUGUAGGAGUAAUGGACACAGGGAGGGAUGGUGUCUACAGUACAAUCAACACAUAGGCAAGACCAUGCUGGUACCUGUUGAGGAGCCCAAGUCAAUUUACGAUGAGAAGCCAAAGGAAAACAAAGGUACAUUGACAACCUCACAGGUUCAAACUCCACCGUCCUCAGCAGCAGCAGCAACAGCACCAGCAGCAUCACCUCCACCAGCUGCAGGUGCAGCAGCAGCAGCAGCUGCUACAUCGCCGAAGGCAACAGCCCACGUUAGUCGUCUGCCAACCAGGCCGUUGACAGGUGGCCCCGGGAUGUAUCAGGUCACUAACUGUGGAGCCUCAGGUCACAAUAUUAGGUGCAGGGCCAGCAUCAAAGCCACCCCUAUUGGUAUGAUGGUUCUUGGUAAUCAAGUCAGUGUCACACAAGAGAUGGCACAAGUUGAUGGUUCACUAUGGGUAAAGUUGGACAAGGAGAGCAUGGCCCACUACUGUGAGAACACCGAGGGUGAAGCCUGGUCCCUGGCCCAGGGUAAAGGUCUCAUGUACCUCAUCCAUGAAGCCGACUUGACCUCUGCGGAUAGGGAGAAGGCGCGCAAGUCUCGUCCGUUCUUAUUCUUCGGUGAUAGCAGCAAGCAUCGUAACAAGGUGUCCGGCUUUGACUUCAAGAAUGCGCAGGCUACGCCGGCCAUGGGGUUUGCGCCUACGAAUCUAACUCCCUUUAUGUUUGGAGCCUCUAAGCCACGCCCACCAUUUGACCAAAAUGGAGAACAGGAGCAGAUCGGUGUCGUUGAGAGGGAAUCAAGAAUGUCUAACUCGGUCCUAGAUACCCCCAAGCACAAAGCCCAAGGUCCCUGGCCGCACGGAGGAGUCGGUAUGGCAAACGGUUUCGCCGGCAAUGGAAUUGACCCACUGGAUGAUUUCGUAGCAGGCGGUGGCGAGGCCAUUCUCAGUCCUCGCCACCACGGAGAUAUGCCUAGCUCGGCGGUACCUGGUGCAGGAGGUCACCAGGGAAACUUUAAACGUUCUAGUAUUGAUUCCGAAACGGGGGCCGAGGAGCCGUCGCCCUUUCAGAACUCCAACCACAGGGAUAUUAUUAAUUCAAACAGUAUACCUGAGGGAAUGUCCGCUCUGGAUAGGGAAAGCACUUCUCCAUUGAAGGCAGAUACAGCGACUCCUGAAUCUAAGGAUCAACAGGCUUCGGGAUCGGACGGGUCAGGUGCUGCAGGAAGUACACAAUGGACUUCAAAGGGUCACUUCUCAAUUGGUGUGAGCGACGGACAGGGGUCACCAAAGACUGGAAUGUCCCCAAAGCAAGGCAGGAAAUCACGAACUGUAUUCGGAAAGCGAGAUCGCACAGCGUCGCCGUCUUCAAAGGAUAGAUCCCCUGCCAGGAUCAAAGCCAGCACUGCCAAGACGGAAAUCAAAGAGAGUGCCCAGGCGGCCAUUGCAACAUCUGUUGCGGAGUGUGCUAGGUGUGUAUUUGCAGCCUUCCUGUGGCAUGAAGGAUUGGUCCAUGAUGCCAUGGCGUGUGCCUCUUUCCUCAAGUUCAACCCCCACCUCGGUAAACAGACUUCCCAUCAGCCGAAAGACCCCCAGAGGGAAGCCAAGUUGAAGAACAGACACUCCAUGGAUUUCUCAAAAAGUUUAAAUGAUGGAAUGUUCUUUUCGGAGACCAGGAACUCAAAUCGUGACGUCUUGAAUCAAAACGAGGCAGACUUGCCAACUUCUCCAGGCCCUGUUAUUUCUGGCGAGCAGAGAGAACAUGUUCAGGACAUUGCUAAAGCACCCAUAGAAGAAAGCCCAAAGUCUACUCCAGCAUUGCAGCAUCUGGCGGAGAAGCUAGCUAAGGCUUCUCCGCUUUCCUCCCCCAAGCAUUCACCAAAGCACUUCCCAAAGGGCUCUCCUUCCCGUAGCCCUAAGGUUAGGAAACAACAGGGCACAGUACUAAUCAAGGGAGAAAACGGGGUCUCGUCCAGUGACUCUGAUCAGCGAGAGAGGGCUUCAAGUACAGGGGCUGAUUCAGUCAAUCACAGGAAUGCUGUUCGGGACUCGGAGAGCCUGAAGCCACCCAUGGAAGCCCAGCUUCCAUCAAUAUUGCCCGUAACCCUUAAAUUUCUCCUCUCCUUCUGGGAGGAGUUGACUCAGGCGACUAUCAACAUUGCCUCCCAGCAACUCGUUCUGCCGAGUCCUGCUCCGAUCACCAAAUCACGCAGCCGAAUAGAAUCUAAAAGCAGGGAUAAGGAGAAAGAUCCGAAAGGCAAGAAGCGACGCGACAAAUCUGUCCGCGGUGGACGUGGAAACCUUUUUGGCGAGGCUGCCGGCGUACCCGUCGGCGGAAGCGACCGAGAAACUGUUUGUGAUCUUUGUCAUGGAGUCUUCCCACACCCUGUGACGUACCACAUGAGACAAUCCCACCCAGGCUGUGGACGCCACGCUGGGGGACAGGGAUACAACAGCAGUGGACAUUACUGCGGUGGAUGGGCGGGGAACUGCGGCGACGGUGGUGUCGGGGGAAGCAGUUGGUACCUGAUGUGCGAACGCUGUCGCGAAAAGUACAUCCGUGAGCGGCAGGACAAACUCAAAGACAAAGUAAAGAAGCAAAGAAAAAAACUUCCCCCGCUGAAAACCCCUAAGAUGCUUCCACCGCUUGAAGCCCAUCACGUCAUGAAAGCCAAUGCCAUGUUUCUUCUAGACCUUGCCAGCGCUGCCGGUCCUACCUACCCAGGAACUAGCCCCAUGAGGAAGGCCACGCGCUUUGAUCUCCCCAUCCUGAGCGAGACAGAAGCGCUGAGCUCUCAGUUUCCACCGGUGCCGUUUCAGUUUGUGAAGCUGAUGAGACGCGGGUCUGUAUCGGACUGUCAUACCUUGAUGGUGGAGGGACGCUCCAUCCACAUGAUGUCUCGGACAGAUCAUGAAAUUCCAGUACCUCUCACCAAAUCUGCCUCGGUUGAUGGCAAGAGACUAGUGGAUGAAGGUAUGGACAGCUCCAAACGUGUUGCUUACUUCCGUUCCAUCUCCAUGACAGGGCAGGUCGGUAAUCAAGCUGAGACUAAGACCAAGAUGAGAAGGCGCAACAACAGUAGCAGCUCCUCAGAAGAUGGUUCAUCAUUACUACGCCGGCCGUCGGCCUUACUAGCCAAGCUGAUGAAAGGUGGAAGUAAAGGCUUCCGGGCCCUCCAUCGACCAGUCAUGUCUUUCAUUGUACAACGCCAUGAUCUUGAAGGGCUACAGCUAGCCAUGAAGCAGGCGCUACGCAAAGCAUCUUGUCGGGUCUAUGCACUUCAGGCGCUGAACUGGCUUCUACGCAGUGUAACCCAACUAACAAGUCUACAUGACCUGCUAUGGCACUAUGUGGGUGCCUUAACACCACUGGGCCCUGAGAAGGAGGAAGAGGUUGCAGACGCUGAUAAGGGCAAAGGGAAGGAAGAGAAGAAGGAUAAGAAGGAACCAGAACAGCAAGACAUCGAUGGCUUAAUGUGUGAGCAUCCUCUCUCUGACAUCUCCAUUGCCGGCGAGGCAGUACACCCCCUCCCGACAUCCUUCCACACCCUCCUCCAGACGGUGGCCGACAUGAUGAUGCUCCUACCCCACGGUAGCGCUCUACAGCAGAUGGCCAUGAGGUGUUGGUGCCUACGGUUCCGCCCGGCUGAUCACGUUUUCUUGCAUCACUCCCAUGUGUUCAGUAACAUCAAUCAGAUCUUAUCACGGUCGGAUAGUCAGGAGGGAGAGGGGGAGGAUAGUGUGGCUUCCAGUAGCGACUCCCUGCCAGCUAGCCUGAACACAGCCAAGGUAGAGCUCCUACGUGAUGUAACCAACGCCACUGAGCUGUUAGUCUCCAGUCGAGCAGCUAUGCUCCCCAGUCUGACAGACGGGUCCACAGAAACAUUCUGGGAGUCUGGAGAUGAAGACCGCAACCGGACUAAGUCUAUUACAGUUACGUGCAAUGAUGGUCUGGUUGCCAGGAUGGUUGCUGUACAUGUGGAUAACUCAAGAGACUUGGGGAACAAGGUCACGGGCGUCACAUUCUUCAUCGGCCCCAACUCGGAGUUCCUCCUAAAGACCCUCAACUCUAACCUAGAAGCCAGACACGUUGGUUGGGUGACCUGUAAUCUUGACCUCUGUACAGAGAGUCCCAAGAUCAUCAAGGUGGAGCUGAGGGGGCCGGAUAGUCACCUCAGGGUCAGACAGGUCAAAGUACUAGGACAGAAUGAAGGAGAGAAUUUAAGCACAGGUCCUCAGCAGUCUGCCCAAGCCCUGCAGCAGAAGAACUGUGAAGCGGAGACGCUGCGUGUCUUCAGGUUACUGACGUCUCAAGUGUUUGGGAAGCUCCUUAGUGACGAGGAGUCAGGAGAGGACAGGCUGGAGGAGAAUGGAGAGAAACAAGAUGAAGAUGCUGCUGAUAUUGGAGAUCCAGACCUUAGGGAGCAUAUGGUUGGGAUUCUCUUUAGUCGAAGCAAGCUUACAAAUCUACAAAAACAGGUUUGCUCUCACAUCGUUCAAGCCAUCCGCAAAGAAACCACCAAGAUGAGAGAGGAGUGGGAGUCCAACCUGGCCACCAGGCCCGCUGCUGUUGUACUUAGCCCUGUGGAUGACCCCCAGUCCCUCCUAUCAACGGACGCCUACUGCUUUGAGCUUCUCUCCAUGGUGUUGGCUCUGAGUGGGUCCAGCGUGGGGAGGAUCUACGUCGCUCAGCAGGCCACCUUGCUGCAAGAUCUACUGUCACUGCUGCAUACAGGGACACCAAGGGUUCAGAGACAGGUUACGUCCAUAAUUCGACGCCUCCUUCCGGAAAUCCCUCCCACCCACUUCGCCAAGCUGACCGGCGUCACCUCUCUACCUCCUGCUGACCUCAGCAUCCUGACCCAGUCCAGCGACAAACCCAACCCUGAGUCCUCCACCGAGGAGAGCGUGGGCAUCUUGGACAUCUUCCUUGCCUGCGUGGCCAAGACACUGACUGUCCAGAGCAAGGUGAAGGGAGGCGGUGGUCAGAUACCGGGGCUUGGAGGUAAAGGUACCCACUCCUUGACACUGGCUCGCCUGCAGCAGCUUUACCCUGUUGAGGAGAGCCCGUCCAAGAGGUCCAGUAAGGGACGCUGGUGGAUGAGGGGAAGCAUCUCACAUAAUAUCGCUGAGAGGGUCAUUGGUCUCAUCAAGGAUAUGUCAGCCGGUAAGCUGUCUGAAGUGUGGGCCAAUGUCACCAAAGGUGCAAUAGCUGAAGCAGUGCUUUCACUCACCAAGUUAGAUGAGGCUAAGAGACAACCAGCUGAGUGCAUCAAGACACACACUCUAUGGUUAUCUUUAUCCUCACUGUGUGUACUGGAGACGGAGCAUGUUGAGAGGUUAUCAUCAAGUCAAUGGGGACACAGUAAAGAAGCUGGAGCCAUGAAACAAAAGCCUACUUGUGAUAACCAUGAUGACGGUGAGACACCAGCCAUCAUCCUGUGCAAUGAAUGUGCCAACCUGUGUGCUGAAUGUGAUAAGGUCUUACAUCUACAUCGCAGGACGAGAUCUCAUCAACGCAAGGUCUUUAAGGAAGAGGAGGAGGCAAUAAAGGUGGAUCUUCAUGAAGGAUGCGGUCGUAGCAAACUCUUCUGGAUCAUGACGUUAACUGAUUCCAAGACCCUCAAAGCAAUGGUAGAAUUCAAAGAGGCUGCCUCAGGUAACUCGGCUAGUGCUGCAGCAGGUAGCACCGUCGGCACAUGCCGAUUUUGCGGCUCGCUAGCGACGAGCGGCCUCCUGGCCGUUGGCAGCGUCUGCGAUGACCCUGACUGUCAGAAACACAUCAAGAAUGCCUGCACCAAGACGCUGCCUUGUGGUCAUCUCUGCGGAGGGGUCAAGGAUGAAGACGUCUGCCUACCAUGUCUGCAUGGGUGCAGCAGGGACGUCUCCCUCAAGCAAGAUGCUGAUGAUAUGUGCAUGAUUUGCUUCACGGAGGCCUUGGCGUGUGCUCCUGCUAUACAGCUUGACUGUGGUCAUGUAUUCCAUCAACACUGCUGCCAGAAUGUGUUAGAGAGACAGUGGGUCGGACCCAGGAUUACCUUUGGGUUCUCCCUCUGCCCAAUCUGCAAGGCCAACAUGGAACAUAAAGUACUCCAUGAUGUCUUAGCUCCAAUCACUGACCUACAGGCGGACGUGAGACGCAAAGCUCUGAUGAGACUGGAGUAUGAGGGUCUACAUAACUGUGAAGCUAUCACAACGCCUGGUGCUAGGUUCUAUAACGAUACAGCAGGCUUUGCUAUGAAUCGAUAUGCGUACUAUGUGUGCUUCAAAUGUAAAAAGGCUUAUUACGGGGGUGAAGCUCGCUGCGAUCAAGAGAUUGGGAUACAGGGUGACUAUGACCCAACUGAGUUAGUGUGUGGAGCAUGCUCAGAUGUAUCCAGGGCUCAGAUGUGUCCAAAGCAUGGGACAGAUUUCCUGGAGUACAAGUGCCGCUACUGCUGUUCAGUUGCUGUGUUCUUCUGCUUUGGUCGGACACAUUUCUGCAAUGCUUGCCACGAUGAUUUCCAAAGGAUCACCAGCAUUCCAAAGCCAGAUCUUCCUCACUGCCCGGCUGGUCCGAGAGCCAAGCAACUUGAAGGAGACGAAUGCCCUCUUCAUGUAGAGCAUCCACCGACAGGAGAAGAAUUCGCUCUGGGCUGUGGAGUCUGUAGGAAUGCUCAUACAUUCUGAACACCUUAACCAAUGCAUACCCCUGUAAGAGUUGCAAGGGGGUGGGGGUGAAGUCUGGUACAACAGGUGCUGAUAAUUCCAUAGUUCCCGAUCAGUCAAAGUUGAACCUUGUGUCUCCAGUGACUAUGCUCCAACAUUCUGACACGAAAUCAUCAUUCUCUGUGAGUUUUUACAUACCUGGCUUUAUGCAGAAUGUGUACGGCUGGAUUGAGAUUUUGUAUUGAAUUCCUUACUAUUCUUGCUGGAUGAAGGGGGCUCUCAAAAACAUGAAAAAAAAAUCCGAGAAAAAAAAAUUGAAUACUCCUUAAAAGUUACACACAUUUGCCAUGUAAAUUGUGACGUCAAUUCUUCGAAGUAGCGUGAAAGUUUGCAGCUGCCAAUAUGUUCCCACGUCCAAAGAGCCGAUCUAUCCUGUCAGUCUAUGUGACAUAUAAAUAGUGGUGGAAUCUCUCAAAUGCUUAAAAAAAGUUAAUGCAAAUCAUUUCUGAGAAAAUGGAAUUAGCUGUUGCAAACUGCUUACCAACCAAAAGGACCUAUGGUAUAAGUGCAAAAAUUAGUUGAUGACCUGACACCUCGAGAAAGACUCUGCUAAGGUCGAAACGUCAGGUCAUUAACUAUUUGUUCAAAUCAUAUCUGUCAGAAUCAUUUUUUAUCUGGAUAUGUAUCAGUGGUUGCAUAGUAAACUUGAGAUUUGGCAGUUUUUACUUUAUGAAUUGACUUUUAUACAGCCAGCAUCCCUCAGUAGUGUAUUGCUGUAAAGAAAUACUAAGUUGAGUCUGUUUUGUGAAAGACUUUAAGCUUAUUCUUUAGAGGGGAGGCUACACAUCAUGGAAAGUUAGUAGCUGUGCUUUGGACAGCUUAGUGGAAUUAAGAAGAAAAAAAUUGUGGGUCCUGAGAUAAAGAGCGUAAAAAAGUAUAGCUGUUUAGUAUAGUGUCAGCACACAAGAACUUUUAUAAAAAAACAUAUAAAAAUCUAAAAUAAAAUGGAAAAACAAUGGAAAAUACAUAAUAAAAAAUCUUUAAAAACAAAAUUCAUGCGAGAAAAAAAGAGAGUUAAAACCUAUCUUGAUUAGAAACCGUUAUAAAUCAAAACAAAAUCACUGGAAAAAUCAGUCGGCUUUUAAAAUAAUUUAGUUGAUUUUCAAAAGAAGCCGUAGCUGCAUUUCCUUUGGUUGUUAACUAGUGGAGUUUGUUAGUGUUCGGUUGUGGGUAGGGGUGCCAUGUCAUUAUUUCUUUACCAACAUAAUUUAUUCAAAACAUACCAAAUAUGGUACACGUAAAAAAUGUGCAUAUUGCGUCAGUAUUUGAUUGGUUUAAUUUUUCACUGUCGGAGAGUAAUGUCAAUGUGAACAUGUGAAUUUCCUUGGUUUUGUGUCAUAAUUGUGAGGCUUAAAUGCAAAAGAAACGAGCCCAGGAAAAAUGAGGAACAAAGUGACAUGUAUCGAGCAACUACAACAAAUCCUUGACUGAAAUGAUUUGGUGUGAUACACGUAACUGCAUUUUUUUGCUGAAGUUCCUUUACAAUAAUUUGCUAUAUAUUUUUUAAUGACGUGCAAUGCUUAAACUAAUGAAUUUUUGUAUUUUAUUUUUCUCAUUUUGUCCAUUUUUAUUUUUGCUGGUUUGUAUAAUUCAGAUUCUUGGAAUUGUUAUCUUUACAAAUGUUAGCAGUAUUAUUUCGCUGUUUGCGUUAUGUUUAGCCAUUGAUGGUGGAAGGUAAACAUCCAAAGGAUGAGUAUUUCCACAUACAUUUAGCAGAUUGUCUCGUCUUUGUCUGUGUCUGAAAUGGCUGAGGUAUGGAUUGAAGAGCCAAGUUCGCUUAAGCUGCAGCAAAAGGCCGGCCUGAUUGUACACAACAGUAGUUCAGUUUAGAUACUGUCAGUUAUCCAAGGAAAAGCUUCGGUCUGUGUAUUUUUAUUUUAAUAUCUUUUUGGAAUUCAUUUAAGAGAUGACUGAAUGUUUGAAGAUGACAACAAAACGCCUCCUCAGAGGGGAACGUGUUACUAUGGUAUAACAAAGCAAUUGUUGCACGCUGCGAUGGGUGUCCAUGGGUUUGUUACACCCUCGGGGCCAGUGGAACUCUCGGCUUUGCCUAAGGUGCUAUACUGGACGAACAUAGCAUCAAAAAUGAUAUAUGAUGACAAUGGAUGAACCUCUGCGGAAAGUUUCUAAAAGAAUGUUUCCGUUAUCAUGUUUUUAUAAAAGUAAUGUAAUCCACUGUUGCUGGUAUGAUAAUUGACCCUCAUGCAAAAGAACAUGUCAUGUUUGAUUGAAACGAUCUCGCUGAUUUUUGUUGAGGGCCAGAAAGCCAGAAUAAAAUGGAAUGAAAAGUUUCCCAAUUUGGGGGGUAUUAUAUGAGAAACAACUUACUUGAUUGUGUAUGCUGCUUGUAAUUUCAGCUUGAGGAACGAGAAUGAGGAAUGAAGAAGGACUGUUCUCUUUUUGAUCACUAAUGUAGGAAAGGUGGAGUGAUGUUUAUUUAUAAAUUAGAUGAAAUGAUUUCAUGGAAUGUUGGCUAAAUCGUUGCUGCGAAGUGCUUCUCAUAAAUAUUGUACAAUAAAUUUGUUUUUCCUGAUUGGAUUUCUCUAUCUGUAUAUUUAAUCCAUAAAAUGUAACAGAGGGGUGAUAUUAUUGGAAGAGGAGAAAUGAAAUUGUAUGAAGAAAAAAAGAAGUUGCGGGACAUAUUAAGGAAAAUGUUAAAAAAUUGUAUUGCAUUUUGUAUAAAGUACAAAAACUCUUGCAUCUGUCGCAAGAAUAAUAAUUACUAUACUCAUUUUCCUAUACAGUAGUAAACAAAAAUAUAUCCAGAAGUAUUGUAGUUAUCUUUUUUUGAUAUAAAGAUAGCAUUAUAUACCUCGUUAUAUAGUUACAGUGGUAUCCCAGUUCAGUACAACUUCUUUUCUUAAAAAAAAAAUCCAACAUGUAACCCCAAAAUCCUUUGAUGGAUUGAAGACCAACUAUUUGUAUAAAAAUCAGAUACGUAUUGUUAUAAUUAGCUUAGAAGAAGGAGUAUGUCUAUAAGAAAUCAUAAAACAUUAAAAUGACUUCAUGAAUUCAGGAUAAUUGUAUGUUUUUAUAUGAACUUUAAGAAGCUUGAGACGGGUUGCCCUUAAGUUUGUGAUAAAAUAAUUUGGAGUGUUGACUUGGAGUGCUGACUAGUCUCCCCCGUGGUGAUUUGGAUGUUAUACAACUGAGCCAUGUCAAAUCAGCUCUGGAGAUGAAUUAAGGCCAUGUCCGAAACAAUGACUUCGGCUACAGCUAGGGCUAGAAUGCGCACCUCUGCCUAUUCUUCAACACUGUCAGCCACACUGAUCUAGCCACAGCUGUAGCCGAAGUCACCGUUUCGGACACAGCUUAAGGCUGGACUUUCAAAUUAGGAACUGCAUGAUGUCACUCGGUAUUAGUGUGUACAAACUGGUCAAUUAGUUCCAAUAGAUUUAAAGACAUUCCUGCCAGAAUUUUACGCCAAACCGAUUGCUUUUUUUUUUUACAUGAUGACUACUAUGGUUGCUGCAUAUCGGUCAUCGGUACGUUAGAAUGAUAAAUCAGGACUGCGUUAACAAAGGCACUUGUAUGCUCUGCACAAAGUACUUGAUUUACAGCAUUGGUCACUUAAGACUGGUACCUAGAAGGCCACACAAACAGUUUGUGAAUGAGCCUUCUGGGAACCAUUCCCACCUACUCUCAUUGGGGAGGUGGACAAAUUUUCAUAUCUGCACAAUUCCAAAGAAAAGCAGCCAAAUUUACUAAGCACAGAAAAGCUUUGCUUCGCAGAUAGACAGGUUACCAGCUCCCUAAAAUGCCAUGUGAUUGUAUAUUGCUUGUGAUCGGUUCCAUGCUUACAGUUGCUUAGCAACAUUUGUUCCUGCUACGCACAAUUAACAUGUGGAUGUGUGUGUUUGUACAUUGAUGCCCCUUUCUGUUCAUCUAUUUGGGAGACUAUAUCUAUGUCCUUCUUUAUACAAGUUGUCAGAAAAAUUGCCAGUGUGUAAGUUGUAAGUUGUAAAAUGUGGACGAGUGGUGUGGGAAGUUGAAACAAAAAGCAGGAAUUGAGAAAGUGUAAAUAUCAAAUAAACGUACAUAUAAAUGAAGACAUUUCAGACAGUGAUUUGUUGUAUUGUUAUUCAGAAAGAGAAGCGUAUAGACCUUUAUCAUGGUGCAGCCAUGUUGAAGUUUUCCCCUUGACGUCAAUGUAACCAAACCGAGGCUUGAAGAACAAAAUAGUCUGGUUCCUAUUUGCAAAAUGAUUAUUAUCAUUCAUAAUUGUUAUUCGUUACUAGGAACUUGACCAAUAUGGAGACAGCAUGGUAAAGGUCUAUUGUUCUUGUUUAUACAAUUGUAAAGCACCACUACAUGAAGAACUACAUCAUACAUUCCAUCGGCUAUAAACAGUUCUUAAAAGAAUAAACCACUGGAGAAACUGAUUGGGUAACUUUGUAACUUUCUAAAUAAUUUGGGGGUUUGAACAACCAUAUUUAUACACUUCUUGAAUUUGCAUGAAGAGUUCUGUCAUUAACUGAACAAAUUAAUUAGAUACAAUCCUUUAUAAUUGGCAUGAAGUACAAGGAAAGGUGCACUUAAUCAUGCAAAUCAUUUCAGUGACUAAUUAUUCAUAAAUUUGGCCAAUCACAGUCUGGCUAGACGUUGACCUGUAAUUAGCUGGACAAAUUUGGACACUGGCCUUUAGCUCAUUCCACCAGUGAUAAAACUAUGGUGCAAUUCUUAUCAAAUGUGGGGUUUUAUGUUGAAAUCUCUGUUUGUGCGUGGAAAGUCAUUGGUAAAGUGGUCUAUUGACCAGUCACAGCUGUGUCUUUUGAAGAAACCCAAUAAUUUUGAGUAAACUUUUACUUAUUGUUUAUCAUCAAUCAGUGCCCCCUCCCCUUUGGGGGCGGGGGGGGGUACAUUAAUAUAUGAAAAAUAACAUGCAAUACAAGUCUUUUGUCCCUGAAAAGGUUUUGUGACUUAUCAAGGAUUUAAGGGUAGUUUUCUUCAAGGGCUGUGGAAAUAAUGUGGCCUUGUGUCUGGUGACCAGUUUCUGUUAAGCUAUACUUUUCUGUGCUGAGCAAGUUUUUACCUGGGCAAAAUAAAAUCUGGCCCUAAACAUAUUCCAGUCUAUUCCCAUGAAAAAAAACAUGUUCUUUAUUGUUCAUACAACAAAAUGUCGAGCAGCAGAAGCUGAAAAGGUCAAAGUACUGCAUAAAAAUAUCAAAAAUAACGACCAAAUAAAUAGAAGGCUCGAUUUGUGAACAAAAAUAGUUGUAUAAAUUUUGUGGGUGAUAACACCCAUAGCAUCGUCAAAAUUGCCAAGAAUUUUGCGACCGUUAAUUGUAAAUAGCGCCCUCUGUUGAUGGAUUAAUACAACAGAUUUCGGAGCCUCACAUAGAGCUUUUAGCUCUAUGGAGCCUCACCAUGUCUUCUUAAACCAUCUUUUGUAUAAAGACACGAGCAUAGAUAAAGAAGAAUACUUGCCAAAACCAUAGUAAUAUAGAUAGUAUCGGUAUAUUUAGUUGUUACUGUAUGCUUAACAGCCACUAGUUCCCUAGAAGUUAAAGAAGGCAGAAUUUUUUAGUGAGAUGCAUUAAAAACCACAAAAGUUUCAUUCCCAGACAAUCGUUGGCGUCUAAGAUUUUAAUUAAUACAAAGUAUUACUACUAGAAUAUACAUUCCUUUACGUACCCCAAUACAACAUUGUUUGAAAUCAGAUAAAUUGACUUGCUUGAUUAUGCCCUUAGUAUUGUUUUGUGGGCAGCCUACCACUAUUUUGUUGUCACCAUUAUUAUUUGGCAUAAUCAAAACACCAAGCGUGCAUUUGGUACGAUUGUAAAGCCUAUCUCUUUCAGGUAUAUUAAGUUACUCGACACUGGCAAAUGAAUCGAAAUAAAGAUUUUGAAAUUAAUAAAAAG